AUGCAAGCAGCCGCGUCCAGAAGCCGGAGCAACCGCAGACACAAGAAGAGGCGUGGUGAGGGCAAGAAUCGCGAGCGGCGGCGGCGAGGCGGCCCUCGUGACGAUGAGACUGCUCCACCCGGGUUCUAUGGCGCCUAUGGUUACGGAGGUCAUCCAUGGCUGCCAUAUGGCGUGGAUGAGGGUGUGGAUGUGAAGGUCAGUUCGAAGUUUUUGACUCGGAAUGACUACUGUCAGACCUUCAUUGACACCGGCUUACGACCGCAAAACUUCAUCCGAGAUUUGGAUUACCAAAACCGUUACUCGGAAUAUCCCAAGAUUCAACGUCUCAUCAAACUGAAGGAUGAUAUCCUGGCCAAGCGCGCCUCCCCUGGGAUGUCCCUGAAGUGCGACUUGAAGACUUUCGAUCUUGCCAGUUUAGGUACCAAGUUCGAUGUGGUUCUCUUGGAUCCUCCAUGGGAAGAGUAUCAAACCCGUGUUGCGGGCAUGUACGUUCCUGAUGAGGAUCUCUCCACCUGGACACUGGAUGAGCUGAAGGCCUUGAAGGUGGGUGAGGUUGCUGAUCACCAGUCCUUUGUUUUCCUUUGGUGUGGGGAGACGCACUUGGAGCACGCCAGGGAGCUCUUCAAGAAGUGGGGCUUCCGGCGGAUUGAGGACAUUUGCUGGGUCAAGACAAAUCGGCUAGCACCAUUAGAUGCUCGCGGCUCUGUGAAGCAGCAAAGUGUCAUGUAUGGCGAUUCAUCGAUCAUCCAGCGCACCAAAGAGCAUUGCUUGGUUGGAGUGAAGGGCACGGUGAAGCGAUCCGUGGACACGCACUUCAUCCAUGCCAACUGUGAUGUAGAUCUCAUCAUGGAGGAAGAGAAGAGCUUUGGCUCGACUCACAAGCCUAUCGAGCUUUACGAGACCAUCGAGCAUUUCUGCCUAGGAAGAAGGCGCUUGGAACUCUUUGGUCGCGAUCGGAACCUCCGUGACGGAUGGCUGACCCUGGGCACCGGCCUGACCAACGACAAUUGGGACAAAGAGACCUACCUCAAGUGGUUUGAGGGCGAAAGCCAGUGGCCAGAGGCGAAAGACUACAAGGGCGGCAAGUUGCUAGGGAGCGUGGCCGAGAUCGAAACCUUGAGGCCAAAGAGCCCUGUGAGACCAGGUCGAAAACGCUCCAGAUCCUUGUCGCCACGGAGGCGUAUGGCUGGUGGUCCAAGUACUGGGGCUGGCGGCUGGAGAGCAGCGCGUGCCUCCCGGGAUUACGAUUACGAGGAGGAUGAGAAGCCUCUUCCAGAAGACCUGGGCGAGAUGGCCCCUCCGAUUCCAAAGGAGGACGACUGA